AUGGAGAUGAGCUCUGCCUGGGUCAUGUUCCUGCUUCUCGCAGGUUCCCAGGUCCCAGGCUGGAGUAUUAUCGAUGAAGGACCAGGCAUGGAAAGUUAUUUCCUGGCCACCGUGGAGUAUGCCUUACACAUAUUCAAUGUGAAGAGCAAGGACACGAAUGCCUACAGGCUGGUGAGCAUCCUGGACUCCCAGAGUGAGAAGAAGCUAGAGACCAUGAUGGCUUUCUCCAUGGAGCUGAAGCUUCGCAGAACCAGGUGUGGGAAAUUUGAUGAAGACAUUGACAACUGCCCCUUUGAAGAAAACCCAGAGCUGAACAACACCUUCAUCUGCUUCUUCACCAUCAGCAUCGAGCCCUGGAGAACAGUGUUUCAACUCCUAAAUAAGACCUGCCAGGAGGGGACCUACUAA